AUGUGGGCGUCCAGUCCCCGCCCCCCGCAGAGUACUCUGACCCCGCCUCCGCGGGCGGCUCGCUGCCGCGCCUGCACCCGCUCCCGUUCCCCCCACGUGGGGCGCCAGGCCCCGCCCUCUCCGGGCGUGCUCCCGGCCCCCUCCUCCGGUCACCUGUCCCGGAGACCCCGCGGCGUCGGCGACUCCGGCUCCGUCGGCCUCCGCGUCCGCAGCUCCCGGGCCGCGCGCGUCACUUCCGGUCCGCACCACGUGAAGAGGGGAACGAAAGAGGAUCACUUCCGGUCCUGCCGUCCCGUUUCCGGGAGUCUUAAAGGCGCCGCACCCCCCCCACCUCCCCCCCCCCCCUCCGUGGGUGGAAGCGGGAGUGUGUCUAGGUGGUACGCAAGGGUGUUCUGGAAGCUUUACUCAACUUCGUUGGGCCUAGAUGACCUUCUUCCAGGGAACUGCAAGACGCUCACUGAGAGAUCCGGAUGUGGCUGCAGACUCCAGGAGGUUCCAUGCAUUAACCAAAACGCCAACGUGAUAAACCUAUCAUUACACGUCAUACAAAAUUUGACCGUUGAAGUGGGCAGACCGGAUCCCCUGAGGUCACUGGAGUGGUGGAGAUCCUGGCGACUUUCAGUAUCUACUAAGACCACGCAAAUAACCCUUUGCGCUUACCGGCAAAAGAACGGCCCAGAUGAAAAGGCCCGACAAGGUCACAGGCCUGGUGAGGAUGCGCGGCAGCCGGGACUGACGCCCACUGCUGGAGGGGACACAGAACGCCCCAACUGCUGUGGAGUAAGUUCUACGACGGGCCGAGGCACACACAUACCCUGUGAGCCAGCAAAUGCACUGCGGGGCAUUUACCCAACAGAUGCGUGCACGUGCUCACCAAACGUGUCGUGGGCAAGAACGACCGUGGCAGCUUCGACACAAUCGCCCCGCUUAUGCGCUGAUUUGUGUCCCCUCCCCAAUUCGUGUGUCAGAGUCCCUACCCCCCAGCACCUCAGAAUGUAACCUAAUUUGGACAUAAGCCUUUAACAGAGGCAGUUAAGUGAAAAGGAGGUCAUUAAGGUGGGCCCUAAUCUCCUAUGACUGGUGUCCUCAUAAGAAGAGCUUAGGGGCGCCUGGAUGGCUCAGUCGGUUAGGUAUCCGACUUCG